UCUGGAUGGCCGAGCAGAUCCUCUUUAAAGAGACAGUUCAUGAAAUAGAAACCCGGCGUCUGAGCUCCGAGUCUCCAAAGGGACUGGGACAAGCCGGUGAGGGUCUGGACUGGGGAAGGCUGAGGAUCCGAAGGGGCGAAAGCUGCGCAGCCCCCCUCCCCACCUUCGCAGACCCCCCCUCCUCCUGCUGGUCUUCCCCUGGAGCUGGGAGCAGAAGUGGAAGAAGUUUUAGUGGGUUUCAGAUAACUUUCAUUACACACCCGCCUGAUAAGAGGGAGAGAAAGUGAGGAAAGAGGGAGGCGGUGUGAGGCAGAAGGAUUAGCUGCCUGGUCAUUUAGGAAGAAGGGGAAAAAAAACCCAAACACACCCAACCCGGGUUACCCAGACGCGAGAAGAUUGCAUUUGGGGUCUUAAAAUACACUGUUGGCGGACAAUAAAUCCGAAACGCGUGGCCCGGCGAACAGCUCCCAGAGAAGGACAAAGUUAUCACAGACCCAUUUGGAAAUCCAGACGCAAGGCUUUAUUGUUUUUGUUUUUUUCACUUAAAAAAAAAAUCUCGAAAUGUUGCUGGGUAUCGUUUGAAAGGAUUUUCCGCACAGGAGUGCUGGGGGUUGCUGCUGAUUUUAUUUUGUUUAUUUUAAUUCUGCUGUGAUUGUUUUUUAUUGCUGAGUUGAGGCCAUAGAAAUCGGAAGAUCUUAGAUGAGUUUUGCAAUGUGAAGUUCUGCUUAGAUGCCAGCCAACCAGAUGUAGGAAGCUGGCUCAAGUACAUCAGGUUUGCCGGCUGUUAUGAUCAGCACAACCUCGUUGCAUGCCAGAUAAAUGAUCAGAUAUUCUACCGAGUAGUAGCAGACAUUGAGCCUGGAGAAGAGCUCCUGCUGUUCAUGAAGAGCGAGGACUAUCCCCAUGAGACCAUGGCGCCUGACCUCCAUGAAGAGCGACAGUGUCGCUGUGAAGACUGUGACCAGCUCUUUGAAUCCAAGGCUGAACUAGCAGACCACCAGAAGUUUCCAUGCAGCACGCCUCACUCAGCAUUCUCAAUGGUGGAAGAGGACUUCCAACAAAACCUUGAGAGUGAGAGUGAUCUACGAGAGACACACGGCAUCCAGGAGUGUAAGGAGUGUGACCGAGUGUUCCCAGAUUUGCAAAGCUUGGAGAAACACAUGUUGUCACAUACUGAGGAGCGGGAGUACAAGUGUGAUCAGUGUCCCAAGGCAUUUAACUGGAAGUCCAAUUUAAUUCGCCACCAGAUGUCACAUGACAGUGGAAAGCACUAUGAAUGUGAAAAUUGUGCCAAGCAGGUUUUCACGGACCCUAGCAACCUUCAGCGGCACAUUCGGUCUCAGCAUGUUGGUGCCCGGGCCCAUGCUUGCCCGGAGUGUGGUAAAACAUUUGCCACUUCAUCAGGCCUCAAACAACACAAGCACAUCCACAGCAGUGUGAAGCCCUUUAUCUGUGAGGUCUGCCAUAAAUCCUAUACUCAGUUUUCAAACCUUUGUCGUCAUAAGCGCAUGCAUGCUGAUUGCAGAACCCAAAUCAAGUGCAAAGACUGUGGACAAAUGUUCAGCACUACGUCUUCCUUAAAUAAACACAGGAGGUUUUGUGAGGGCAAGAACCAUUUUGCGGCAGGUGGAUUUUUUGGCCAAGGCAUUUCACUUCCUGGAACCCCAGCUAUGGAUAAAACGUCCAUGGUUAAUAUGAAUCAUGCCAACCCGGGCCUUGCUGACUAUUUUGGCACCAAUAGGCAUCCUGCUGGUCUUACCUUUCCAACAGCUCCUGGAUUUUCUUUUAGCUUCCCUGGUCUGUUUCCUUCGGGCUUGUACCACAGGCCUCCUUUGAUACCUGCUAGUUCUCCUGUUAAAGGACUAUCAAGUACUGAACAGUCAAACAAAAGUCAAAGUCCCCUCUUGACACAUCCUCAGAUACUGCCAGCUACACAAGAUAUUUUGAAGGCACUAUCUAAACACCCACCUGUAGGGGACAAUAAGCCAGUGGAACUGCUGCCCGAGAGGUCCUCUGAAGAGAGGGCCCUUGAGAAAAUCAGUGACCAGUCAGAGAGUAGUGACCUUGACGAUGUCAGUACACCAAGUGGCAGUGAUUUGGAAACAACCUCGGGCUCUGACCUGGAAAGUGACCUUGAAAGUGAUAAAGAGAAAUGUAAAGAAAAUGGUAAAAUGUUCAAAGACAAAGUAAGCCCUCUGCAGAAUCUGGCUUCAAUAAAUAAUAAGAAAGAAUACAGCAAUCAUUCCAUUUUCUCACCAUCUUUAGAGGAGCAGACUGCGGUGUCGGGAGCUGUGAAUGAUUCUAUAAAAGCUAUUGCUUCUAUUGCUGAAAAAUACUUUGGUUCCACAGGACUGGUGGGGCUGCAAGACAAAAAAGUUGGAGCUUUACCUUACCCUUCCAUGUUUCCCCUCCCAUUUUUUCCAGCAUUCUCUCAAUCAAUGUACCCAUUUCCUGAUAGAGACUUGAGAUCGUUACCUUUGAAAAUGGAACCCCAAUCACCAAGUGAAGUUAAGAAACUGCAGAAGGGAAGCUCUGAGUCCCCCUUUGACCUCACCACUAAGCGAAAGGAUGAGAAGCCCCUGACUCCAGUCCCCUCGAAGCCUCCAGCAACACCUGCCACAAGCCAGGACCAGCCCUUGGAUCUAAGCAUGGGUAGUCGAAGUAGAGCCAGUGGGACAAAGCUGACCGAGCCGCGGAAGAACCAUGUCUUUGGGGAAAAGAAAGGAAGCAAUAUGGAGGGCAGAGUGGCUUCGGAUGGGUCUUUGCAGCAUGCCAGACCCACGCCCUUUUUCAUGGAUCCCAUUUACAGAGUAGAGAAAAGAAAGCUAACUGACCCACUUGAGGCUUUGAAAGAGAAAUACUUGAGACCUUCUCCAGGAUUCUUGUUCCACCCACAAUUCCAACUACCUGAUCAGAGAACUUGGAUGUCAGCUAUUGAAAACAUGGCAGAGAAGUUAGAAAGCUUCAGUGCUUUGAAGCCUGAGGCCAGCGAGCUUUUGCAGUCGGUGCCCUCCAUGUUCAACUUCAGAGCACCUCCCAACGCCCUGCCGGAAAACCUGCUGCGGAAGGGGAAAGAGCGUUAUACCUGCAGAUACUGUGGCAAGAUUUUUCCAAGGUCUGCGAACCUAACACGGCACUUGAGGACCCACACAGGAGAGCAGCCUUACAGAUGCAAAUACUGUGAUCGAUCAUUCAGCAUAUCCUCAAACUUGCAGCGACAUGUUCGUAAUAUACACAAUAAAGAGAAGCCAUUUAAGUGUCACUUGUGUGACAGGUGUUUUGGUCAACAAACCAAUCUAGACAGACACCUGAAGAAACAUGAGAAUGGGAAUAUGUCUGGUACAGCAACAUCAUCGCCUCAUUCUGAGCUAGAAAGCACAGGUGCAAUCCUGGAUGACAAAGAAGAUGCUUACUUUACAGAGAUCCGAAAUUUCAUUGGAAACAGCAACCAUGGUAGCCAAUCUCCUAGGAACAUGGAUGAGAGAAUGAAUGGCAGUCACUUUAAAGAUGAAAAGGCUCUGGUGACCAGCCAAAAUUCAGAUUUACUGGAUGAUGAGGAAGCAGAAGACGAGGUGUUAUUAGAUGAGGAUGAUGAAGACAAUGAUGUGCCAGGAAAACCCAGAAAGGAGCCAGGGACAAGUAAUUUAGAUGAAGGCAUUCCUGAGGACGACUAUGAAGAAGCCGGUGCCUUGGAGAUGAGUUGUAAGACAUCCCCGGUAAGGUAUAAAGAGGAAGAUUACACAUCGGGACUGUCUGCUCUGGAUCACAUAAGGCAUUUCACAGAUAGCCUCAAAGUGAGGAAAACGGAAGAUGCUCAGUACACUGAAGCUGAGCUGCCUUCUUUUAGCUCUUCCCAUGUGCCAGAGGAACUUAAACAGCCCUUACACAGAAAGUCUAAAUCGCAGGCAUAUGCUAUGAUGUUGUCACUGUCUGACAAGGAUUCCCUCCAUUCCACAUCCCACAGUUCCUCCAAUGUGUGGCACAGCAUGGCAAGGGCUGCAGCGGAAUCCAGCGCCAUCCAGUCCAUAAGCCAUGUAUGACAUUAUCAAGGUUGACCAGAGUGGGACCAAGUCCAAUGAUAGCAUGGCUCUUUCAUACAGGACUAUUUACAAGACUGCUGAGCAGAAUGCCUUAUAAACCUGAAGGGUCACUCAUUUAAAGUCUGGUGACCUUAAACUGAAUGAUUAAAGAAAAAGAAAGAAAAAAGGAAGCUAUUUAUUCUCGAUAUUUUGUUUUGCACAGCAAAGGCAGCUGCUGACUUCUGGAGGAUCAAUUUAACCAAAAUGAUUCAAGGAAAAUGAAAACCUCACUGGGGGAGGGUAUCUUCCAGCUCACCCUGCCCUAGGGUGUGGGUGGGUGAAAGGGGCAGUUGAGAUGGCAGCAUUGAUAUGAACACUCCAUAGAACCGAUGUGACUGGGAACAGUUGCUUUUAAUUACAGAUUUGAGUUUUUUUCCUUUGUUAAAGUUUUAUGUAAUUUAACCCUUUGAAGACGGAAGUAGUUGGAGGAAAUGCACAAUUAUAGCGUGAUAGCAGGAGUACUUGUUCCCUUUACCUUUUGCCUUCUUAAGUACAUUGUUUAAAACUAGGGAAAAAAGGGUAUGUGUAUAUUGUAAACUAUGGAUGCUCAUGCUCAGAGAGGUUAAGUCAGUGAAGUAACCUGUUCAUCACCAGUACCGCUGUACCACUAAUACAAUGUUUGCCAAAUCCUUGUAAUAACAUCUUAAUUUUAGACAAUCAUGUCACUGUUUUUUAAUGUUUAAAUUUUUUGUGUGUUGUGUGUAUCAUGUAUUUAUUUGUUGGCAAACUAUUGUUUGUUGAUUAAAAACAGCACUGUUCCUGUUGGCCACUAUUUUAUGAUGUCUAAGGCACACCCCUUUCUGAAUUUUAAGGACCAAGGUGACCUGACCUGUGUAUGGGAGUGCCCAAUGGUGUUUGGCUUUUCUUAACAUUCCUUCUUUUUCAUUGUUGUUGUUUGUUGUUUUGUUUUCCUUUUUUAAUGAACUAAAUACGAAUAGAUGCAACUUAGUUUUUGUAAUACUGAAAUUGAUUCAAUUGUAUAAACGAUUAUAAUUUCUUCAUGAAAGCAUGAUUCUUCUGAUUAAAAACUGUCCCCCAUAUUUUAUGCUGGUCGUCUGCAAGCUUGUGCGAUGAUGUUCUGUUCAUGUUAAUCCUAUUUGUAAAAUGAAGUGUUCCCAACUUCUGUUUAAAAGAGAGAAGUAAAUAGCAGACUGUCUUCAGUUAUUUUGCCCUUUAUUGAGGAACCAGAUUUGUUUUCUUUUUGUUUGUAAUCUCAUUUUGAAAUAAUCAGUAAGUUGAGGUACUUUCUUCCAAUGCUUUGUACAAUAUAAACUGUUAUGCCUUUCAGUGCAUUACUGUGGGAGGAGCAACUAAAAAAAAUAAAGACUUCCAAAAAUGAUGA